AUGGAAGAUAAUGAUUUUCUAGAGGGUAGCUUUGAGGAUGAAGGCAUCGCUAUGCAGCUUGACCAAAUAGAAGCCAUCAAUGAAUUGGAGGAAAUUGCAGUUCGAGACAGUUCCUUCAUGGAUAUACAUGACAUUGACAAUGAAUACAAGCCUCAUGAUUCAUUUGAAGAGACUGAUUCACCCACGGCCAUUGGAGAGAUCUUUUUGAGUUCCCUCUUUGAGGUCCUCUUCAGCAAGUUUGCUUCUUUGGGAUUGGACUAUGCCCAACGAGAAGGAAUCAGCAUCACCCCACUCGAUGAGUGGAAGGGGAUGCUGGAAACAAUCAAUAUAGUGCUGGAUGAUGCAGAGGACAAGCAGUUAGGUGAAAACCGUCUAGUGAAGUCGUGGUUGGACGAUGUUAGGGACUUGGCCUAUGACAUGGAAGACUUGCUUGAUGAGUUCAUGAUUGAAGUCGCUCAGGUUAAGUCUGGGGCAGAAUCCAGCACAAGCAAAGGUCAAAAGAAAAGGUUGUUCCCUUUCUUUGGCCAAGAUGGAUCCUCCGGAUCAAACUCGAACCCGUGCUUGAACCUGUUUGAAACUAAGGGGAGAAGGAAGAAGCAGAGAUACUUGGAACUAUUGAUCAAUGAGGUCGAAAAUUCCGAUGCUAGGCUAAGCAUAGUCCCCAUAGUUGGGAUGGGCGGUGUUGGAAAGACGGCCAUGGCUCAACGGCUGUACAAUGAUCCCAAAAUGAGUAGCUAUUUCGAGAGGAAAGCAUGGGUUUGUGUUUCAGAUGUUUUUGAUGUUCUCAACAUAACGAAGACUAUUUUACAAUCGAUCACUGGGUUGUCUUGCGAGGGCAAAGAUCUUAACUGGCUGCAAGUUAAGUUGAAAGAUGAUCUAUCCGAAAAGAAGUUCCUUGUGGUCUUAGAUGAUGUCUGGAAUGAGAAGUAUGGAGAAUGGACUUCCCUCUUAAAGCCAUUUGAAGCGGGGGCUAAGGGAAGCAAGAUCAUCAUCACGACGCGCAACCAUUCUGUGGUUUCCAUAACAGGAGCUUCGCCAUAUUCUUUGAAGGAGUUGUCCGUUGAUAAUUGUACCAACUUAUUAGCCUAUCACGCUUUGGAAGCAAGAAAUUUCGAGAGGCACCCACAUCUGAAAUAG